CACGGACCAUCAUUGAAAACAUUGAAAAACAAAGUUCUUGGCGCAGAAUGGUUUACCUUUUACAUCUACUCCGCUGACAAAAACGUGCUACAGACGCUCCACGAAUAUGUCAGAGAGGGAACUGUCGAGGUCGUGUUGAACUGGGGGAAAGGUUUGCCCGGAGCUUCCACUCAUUACUUCGGCCAGACAUUGAGCAUUAACGAAUGCAUGUAUCGAAAUCUGUACAGGGUGAAGUACUUGGUGUACGCAGAUUUAGACGAAUUCAUUGUCCCAAGGAAAUCGCUAGGAUGGGGAACUUUGAUGAAGGAGUUGGAGAAUCCGCAAUUUGGCACUUUCGUCUUUAGACAUGCCUUCUUCUUCGCGAGCUAUAAUGAAACAGCAUUCGACGCAAACGCCAUUGAUGUUCACGUCCUUUGCGAUGGAUCGCGGUUCGUCGAAUUACCGCAAUUCCUGACGCACGUUGUACGUUCACAAAAGGUCUAUCCUUCUAGGCAAAAGUCUAAGUUCAUUACCAAGCCUCUAUAUUCGUCUGUCGUCGGCGUUCACGAGAUUUUCAAGCAUGUCGAAGAACAUAUAACGAGCCAUGUAGUGCCAACAGAUUGUGCUUUGCUUCACCAUUACCGCAAGUUUCGAGGGGGACUUCAUCCGGUCUCGAAAUCCGUCAUCCAAGAUGUGAAACGACAUCAGCGUGUCCAAGAUGAGCGCGCGUUAGUUUACAAAGACAAGAUUGUAGCAGCAUUGAGAAGACGAUUAUGUCGAUUGUAUGCCUUUGAAACAGACGCUCAAACGUGGCACAACGCUCCCGUAAGCUUAACAUAGA